CUAAAUCCUCAUCACGGCUAGGGCUACGGCAUGUUGUAUAUUUAUGGCAUUGUUGCGCGCCCCUCCCAUUGUUCGUAGGCAACUUCAACCUCACCAAAGGAACUAAGAAUUUCAUUGAGGCUAGAGAAAGUGGUGAUCAAUAUGUCAAAGAAUCCAAAAGUUUUCUUUGAUAUUCUAAUUGGAAAGAUGAAAGCUGGACGAGUAGUGAUGGAGUUGUUUGCCGAUGCAACCCCAAAAACAGCUGAAAACUUCAGGGCUCUCUGCACUGGGGAAAAGGGGAUUGGACGAUCUGGGAAACCUUUACACUACAAAGGUUCUGUAUUUCAUCGUAUUAUUCCAGAAUUUAUGUGUCAGGGAGGAGAUUUCACAAGAGGGAAUGGGACCGGGGGUGAGUCAAUCUACGGUUCCAAAUUUGAAGAUGAGAAUUUCAAUUUGAGGCAUACCGGUCCUGGUAUUCUCUCCAUGGCAAAUGCUGGACCUCAUACUAAUGGUUCUCAGUUCUUCAUAUGUACUACAAAGACAUCAUGGCUUGAUGGGAAACAUGUUGUGUUUGGAAAAGUUGUUGAUGGAUACAGCGUUGUGCAGGAGAUGGAGAAAGUGGGUUCAGGAAGUGGCAUGACAUCUGAACCGGUAGUAAUAGAAGAUUGUGGCCAGAUUGUAGAGAAGUGAGUUUUGAUACAACGAUGUUUCGAGACAUGUUUGUUGCUAUUCAAUGCAAAUCACUAGUAUUAUAAUAAGUGAUUUGUGUAACUAGGAGUCAAUUGUCCAUGAUUAAUGUAACUCUCAAAUUUGUACUCCUAAAUCUGCUUUUACAUUUGUUCCAACUAAAAAUGCGUAGCUGUCUGUAGUUGGUCAGAGAUUACGUUGAUAGAAUUGUGGAAGCAAUAGGCUCGAAUAUCUGUAGUUGAUUGGUAAAUUAGAAUGAAUAAGGAUGAAGCACUACAUAUUUGCAAUUAUA